AUGCGGCGUGUCUGGAUGCAGUCGCGUGCCGAAAUCAUCUGGGUUGACGUUUCCAGGCCCCGAUCCGGUGCCAAAGCCGGGACUGCUUUUGCUGCCGCCACUGAAGCUGCCGCUGGAAUUUCCGCUUGCCCUGGCAGCUCCGCCGGAUCCGGUAUUGCGGUAGAAGCUCGGCGGUGGACCUUUGAAAGUGCCGCGCCUGCGACUCAGCCCCGACGCGGGGCGACCACCGGCUGGACCGGUGCUGUGGUAAGACGAGCUCGUGUGGUGUUUGACAGCAUGGCUGGCGGAAUGCCGCGAUUGCAGGCGGUGUCUCAUGACAUCGCGGUCGUAGACGGCGCGUUUCUCCGAGUGGCCGAGAAUGGCGUAGGCCUCGGAUAUGCGGACGAAACGGCGGGACGCAUGGGGGUCAUCCUGGUUGUGGUCAGGGUGGUGAGCCUUUGA